AUGCCACAGCUAUUCGAUGUUCCAGGCUGGAAGGUACCCGACGCGCCCGUCACGCAGUCCCCGCAAAAUAGAAACCCAAAAAAGCGCAAACGACCAACGAGCGAUGGCAGCAGCAAACUUUUGUCAGCGGAGUUCAGCUUGGAGAAGCUAAUGGAUAGGCUCAAGGACAAGACUGCGGAAAAGGCAGAGCUGUCAAAACGCGACAAGCCAAAGAAUAAAACUAAAAAGGAGAAGAAGGAAAAGAAGAAGGACAAGGAAAAGGGCAAGGGAAAGGAGAAGGCGACUGCGAACGUGGUCCACAAGGAGAUUUCUCGUCCAAUGCCGCUGAAGCCUGCGGAUAGAAUGUCCAAACCGAAAGAACGAUCCCCAGCCACAGUCGAAUCCAAAGCUGAAUCCUCGAGGCCCUCAAAGCGGAGGAAGACCCAGCACGCUGCAACUGCGGAAGGAAGCUCAAGGGGACAUGAGCCCAGCGCCUCUUCCGAAACGAAGGUGGAAGGAAACCUGACCGAGUUGCAGCGGAAUAUGAAGCAGAGUCUGGAUGGCGCCAAGUUUAGAAUGAUAAACGAGAAUCUAUACAAGUCGGAGAGCCGCGAGGCGGUCCAGAUGAUGAAGGAGGAUCCUGCAGUGUUUAGCGAGUACCACAAGGGUUUCCGACGCCAAGUACAGUCAUGGCCGACCAACCCUGUCAAUAUCUAUAUCGCACAACUCCAAGACUACCCUGCUCGGACUGUAAUUGCGGAUCUUGGCUGCGGAGAUGCCGCAUUAGCAAAGGCUCUGAUUCCCCAAGGGAUGGCAGUCUUGUCAUUCGACCUUGUGUCCGACGGUGCAUUUGUCAUUGAAGCGGAUGCCUGCCAGAAGUUACCUCUACCUGGUUCUGAAGGCAGUGAAACAGGGUCCUCGGUUGGAGAAGGCCACGUCGUGGACGUCGUCGUAUGUGCUUUAAGUUUGAUGAAUACCAAUUGGCCUCGAUGUGUCCGAGAAGCUUGGAGGAUUUUGAAGGCCAACGGUGAACUCAAGAUAGCUGAAGUCGCAAGUAGAUUCACCAGCGUCAAAGAAUUUGAGAAUCUCGUCGCAUCGAUUGGGUUCAAGUUGAAAUCCAAGGACACGAGCAACACACACUUUACCCUGUUCGAAUUCAGGAAAAUAGCUCGUCAACCUAAAACCGAGAAGGAGUGGAACAAGAUCUACGCGAAGAAUUCCCUACUCAAGCCUUGUGAAUAUAAGCGCCGAUAGCAUGCCAUGAAUUUGUUUGCAGAUAAGAUAAGAUAUGAUGUCCGUGCAUCAACUGGGGUGAUCGCACAAGAACCGUCCGC